AUGAAAAAACAUGAACGAAUUCAUAGUGGUGAGAAACCUUAUGUGUGUAAGCAGUGUGGAAAAGGCUUUAGUUCUAGUUACAUAAAGACCCAUGAGCAAAUUCACAGUGGAGAGAAACCCUAUAUAUGUAAACAAUGUGGGAAAUCCUUCACUUUUGUCAGUGCCCUUCGAAUGCAUGAACAAAUGCAUAGUGGAAAGAAACCCUACAUAUGGGAGCGGGUCGCGGUGAAGGGGACGGGUGAGUCGCUGUGGAGGGACCCGGGCCUCCGGCGGCAGUUGCGGCGACUGCGGUCGGAGUCCGGCCGGGCCCCGGGUCCUGCGCGGCGCUUUGCCGGCCGGAGCGGUCUGUGGGCAGCGCGGCCGCCCAGCCCCGCGUCUCCCCCUCUGCGGUGGCGGCGGGAGGGUCGCGGGGAGACUCCCGCCGCGGGCGAGGCGGGGACUGGGAGGGAGUCUGCAAAACUGGGGAAGCCUGUUCUCAAGCCCACGCUCUGUCCCCGUCGUGCCAAGUUUCUUGAAGUGAUGUCCACACACACAGGUGUUUCCCCGCAGCGCCACGCGGAUCGGAGGGGAGAUCCACAGUGUUUCCAGAAAAGAACUCACACAGCAGAGAAACCCCAUGUGUGUAAGCACUGUGGAAAAGCCUUCAGUUCUUCCAGCUACAUUAAAAUCUAUGAACGAAUUCACAAUGGAGAGAAACCUUAUGAAUGCAAACAAUGUGGGAAAUCCUUUACAUUUCUCAGUUCUCUUCAUGAACAAAUUCACAGUGGAAAGAAACUCUACAUAUGUAAGCAAUGUGGAAAAGGUUUUAGUUCUUUUAGCCACAUGAAAACACAUGAACAAAUUCACAGUGAAGAGAAAAAUUAUGUAUGUAAACAAUGUGGGAAAGCUUUUCAUUUCUCCAGAUCCCUUCAAAUACAUGAACGAAUUCACAGUGGAGAGAAACCUUAUAAAUGUAAACAAUGUGAGAAAGCCUUUUGUUUUCCCAAUUCCCUUCAAAUUCAUGAACAAAUUCACAGUGGACAGAAACCCUAUGUGUGUUAGCAAUGUGGAAAAGCCUUUAGUUCUUCCAGCUGUAUUAGAAAACAUGAACGAAUUCACAGUGGAGAGAAAUCCUGUAUAUGUAAACAAUGUGGUAAAGCCUUUAAUUCUUCCUAUUACAUUAAAAUCCACAAACGAAUUCACAGUGGAGAGAAACUUUAUGAAUGCAAACAAUGUGGGAAAGCCUUUUGUUUCCCCAAUUCCCUUCAAAUUCAUGAACAGAUUCACAGUAGAACCAAACUCUAUGCAUGUAAGAAAUGUGGAAAAGCCUUUAGUUCUUCUAGCCACACCAAAACACAUGAACGUAUUCACAGUAAAGAGAAACCCCAUACAUGUAAGCAAUCUGGGAAAGCUUUCAUUCAUUCCUAUUUGGUUAGAAAAAAUGAAAUAAUGAACACUGGAGAAAAACCCUGUGUAUGAAAGCAAUGUGGCAAAGCCUUCUUUAAGUGGCCCAGUUACCUUCGAGAUCAUGAAAGGUCUCAUACUGGAGAGAAACCUUACGAAUGUAAGCAGUGUGGGAAAACCUUCAGUCUUCCUGUUUAUUGUCGAAGACAUGAACGAAUCCACACUGGAGGAAAACCUUACAUAUGUAAGCACUGUGGGAAAGCCUUCACUUGAGCCAGUACUCUUCGGAUACAUGAAAGAAAUCACAGUGGAGAGAAACCUCAUGUACAUAAGCAAUGUGGGAAAGCCUUCAGAGAGUACAGUAAAAUGCAAAGACGUGAAGAGAUGCACUCUGGAGGGAAAAACUAUGUAAGCACUGUGGGAAAGCCUACAAGGGCUCCAAUAAUUUAGAAAAACAUGAAAAGAUUCACACUGGAGAGAAACCCUAUUUGUAGCAUGUGGGAAGGCUUCAUUACCAUACAACCAUUGUAGCACACAUGAGCAUGCAGAGUGGAGAGGACUCAACGCCACAGCUCUCAUCAUCUUGGUUCAGUUCACUGAUAUAGAAGGACAUAAUGUAGAGAGACACUGCUUCAAAAUAGAAGAUGUGUGGAAGUUUUCAGUUGGCCUACAUGUAAGGAUGCGCACUGGAUCAAAGCCCUGUGAAUGUGAAAAAUAUGAGAAAGUUGUCAGUUGUGACAAAUAGUUUGAAUAUCCCUAUGAAAAUUCCUCACGCUGUGAAAUCCUAUGAAUGUUAAGAAAUCCUAUGAAUGUCAAGUCACAUGAAGAGCCUAAUACAAAGUAAUUUGUGUAAAAUGCUGUAGAAAAUAUCCUACUUGAAGCAAA